UGCGCCAUCUUUGACGACAAAUAACCCAUCUAUAAUAUUUUUGUUUUCAAAAAGUAUCGAAAAGUAUGAUAGAACACUAAAUCGCUAUAAAUAACCGAAGCAUACGUCUGGUCUUCACCGUAUCUAACGCGUUAUAAUACAUUCAAAGUCUUCGGGAAACAUUUGUGGCGAGAUGUCGCUUGUGGAUUUGGGUAAGCGUUUGUUGGAGGCAGCACGCAAAGGACAGGAUGAUGAAGUGAGGUCACUUAUGGCCAAUGGAGCUCCUUUUACUACAGACUGGCUGGGAACCUCGCCGCUUCAUUUAGCAGCGCAAUACGGGCACUACUCCACUGCUGAGGUGCUUCUCCGUGCUGGCGUGAGUAGAGAUGCCCGCACUAAAGUCGAUCGGACCCCCCUCCACAUGGCUGCUACAGAGGGCCACUCAAGCAUCGUUGAGCUAUUGGUCAAGAGUGGAGCAGACAUCAAUGCCAAAGACAUGCUGAAAAUGACCGCCCUGCACUGGGCUACAGAACAUGGGCACAGAGUUGUCGUGGAGCUGUUGAUCAAAUACGGAGCUGAUACUCAUGCCCUCAGCAAGUUUGACAAGACGCCUUUUAACAUUGCGGUGGACCGAGGAAACACUGAGCUGAUGCUAUUGUUACAGGAGGGAAUGCAGAACCAAGUGAACAUGAAUCCAGAGAGGACUAUCCUAAGCAGCACAUCACCCGCCACAGCCAGCCCUCAGUUCAUCAUCUCCUCCUCUGGAGUCGUCAAUCUCUCUGAUAUUGUUCUCACUAAUGCUAAGGCUAACACAGCAGGAGCUGCAGAGAGUGUGAUUGCUGCUGAUUCGGUAGAUUCUGCCAUCCAGCAUCUUGUAGGGGAGGAUGGCCAGAGAGUCAUCACCAUAGUAACCGACCAACAGGGAAACCUGCAGACUGGCAACUUGGGACAGAAAUUCUUUGUCACAAUGCAGGGGCAGCAAAUGGUUGCAGUGCCAGCGGGUCAGAUUGCAGAAGAAAUCAUAACAGAGGUCACCAAACCAGUCCCAACACGGAAGCGGAAAUUUGAAUCAACCAUCAACCACACAGAUGCCAAACAUAAGGAGCCCACUGAGAAGGACAGUCGGGAACUACUGGAACAGCAGCUAAAAGAAGCAAACAGAAAAGCCCAGGAGUACAGACAGCAGUUACUAAGAAAGGAACAGGAAGCUGAGCAGUACAGGCUUAAACUAGAGGCCAUUGCCAACGGGCAGACCAAUGGCACCAGCACAGAGCCCCAAGAGGAAGUGGUGCUCCAGGAAGAGGAAGAGGAGGAGGUGGUUGGCGAAGAGGAAGUUGUCAUGUUGCCAGAAGGGGCCAUCAUUAUUAAAGAGGAGCCCCUUGACUCAACAGCAGGAGAAACAGUAACGUUAGUAGAGGCUGCAGAUAUUAGAGCCACCUCAGAGGGCACGCCGUAGCAGUGAACCCAGAGACUCAAACACUCAGGAAUUACAUACACUCUAGUCUGUGUGCCUGGAGUGUGACAUUGUAUUUAUUUAUUGUAAAUCAUAACCUUUUGUUUUUAUCCUUUUUUACUCAUAGCAUUCAGUUUCUGUACAAACCUCUACAAAGAUGUAGCAUGAGUUAUAUUUAGGUGGCCACAACGAUGCGGAGUUGCUCAGAUUGACAGAAUAGGAAGACCAGACGUGUCUUUUUAACAUACAGCCGUGCAAGUUAUAGAAGAUUUAGUGAUAAUGCUUUUCAAUCAAGCCCUGUUAUGCACCUCUAAUGCAUACUGUACUGUUAGUACACACCAUAGUGUACUGAAUGUUCUGGGUACACACAAUUUUGACUCGUUCUUUAAGUUUUAUU